AUGGAAACACGAAAUCGAACCAUACAUCUCACUGAUGCGAUAUGGACGGAGAUUCUAGCGAGGUUACCACUGAGAAUCAUCGCUAGAUUCAAAUCGGUAAGCAAAACAUGGAAAUCAACAAUCGAAUCAGUCUAUUUCCGCCGUCUCUUUGUGUCUGUGCACCGAAAAUCCUCAACCUCGUGGUCGCUAAUGUGGUACGGACAAAAAGAUCUCGUAGGUUUCCAUGGAUGCGAGACAUGGGGUCUUCCAAAGUCUCUAUCUUUUUACAUCCCAUCGUCUCUUUGUAUUAUCGAGGGUUCCUCCCAUGGAUUGGUUUUGAUUUCAGAAAAUGAUGAUGAUUGUUGCUUUGUGGGUAAUCCAGUUUUACAACAGUGGAUCAAAAUCCCUCCACCUCCAGUUCACUCUUCAGUGUUUGGUUUGGUGUCUCGCGUCGACGAUGAUGGCUUUGUUUUGGGCUUCAAAGUCGUUAAGUUAGCUGAAGUAAUAGUGACGAAUAACUAUGUCUCGUGUUCUUUGAGUGUGUUUGUGUAUUCCUCUGAGACUGGGAUUUGGACUUGUAAGACUAUUCACUGCCCUUAUCAAAUCACCAACUUUGGUUCUUUCACUUUGGAUGGUACCAUUUACUUUGACCAUCUUAGUGAACCUGGAGUGCUCGUAGCUUAUGAUUUCUAUUCUGAAAUCUCCGAUCAGUUUUGGGUUAUACCUCUCCCGGAUCAUCCGAAUCACGGCUUCAAUAGCGACUUCAAAGGUGCUUUGACUACGUCCCAAGGAUUUGUCAUGUAUAUCAGAACAUUAGCUCAAUCUUCGUCUAAUGUUUUCAAGGCUUGGAGGUUGAACAAUGAUUCAACUUGGCAACUUUUGUGGAAAAUCGGCCUCCCGUCACUUAUCGGUGAUUAUGUACCUAUGGCAAUGCAUCCAUUUGAUAGUGACAUUGUCCAUCUUUGGAGUCAAGAUCAUCGUCAUGUGGUAUCAUGGAACUUGCGGACUCAGAAGAAUAGAAUCCUCGGAGCUGAAGAUAAUGAUGAAGAUCAUAAAGAUUGUUACUUGAACCAGCCUGUUUGUGAGGAGUGUAUGGAUGAGAUAUGCGGCUGUAAAGCUUCUGUCAGGUUACUACAACUUGUUCUCCCACGGUGGAUGGAAUCGGUGCCUUGUCCUCCCCAAGUUGAGAUGAUGAAUACAGCUUCGGUAAUCUCUUACGUUACUUCAAUGCAAGAGACAAUGAUAAGGAAUUGGCUUCAUCAAUGAUUUCAAUAUCUGCUUUUUUUUCUUUUCUCGUCUUUUGGUUUCUUUCUUCUAUCUAGUACCAUCUAUGUAAUGGAAGACAACCAUAUCCAUAUCAUGCAAUAUUUGCAUCUUCUUAUUUUUGUAUCAGUUCAAUGACAUGUUUUGCCAUUUCAUCUUUCUAAGUUGUUACAC